UGGGCGUGGCAUAUAUGUGAGUAGUUUAAAUCGUCAUUUCCUGUGAAAAGGUAGGGUGAGCUUUGUGGAGAAAAGAUGGGAAUUGUACACUUUAUUCUUUGCAAAUAGUAAUAAAUAUAAGUUUAAUUUGAAUUUCAAGAGUUAUUAAGUAGUUUGAUCGUGAUGUGAAACAUCGACAAAUGUUAGACUUAUGGGGGAAGCCAGGGUCCCCAGUGACAUUUUUGUUUUCAAAUACUGAAAAAAUUGUGAGAGUUUUUGAUGCAUGAGUAAGCAGCUAGUGUUUGUCAAGUAAGUGGGUAUUUUCCAGUACAAGCUAUUGACAUGUCAGAUAAUGUAUCUGAUCAACAUGAUGAUUCAGGUGAAGAGAGAGAAGAGGAUACUCAAAAUUUUGAAAUUUUUGAAGACCCAAAUCCUGAGACAAAACAAGAGGAUAACAAUGUAGAAACUUCUUCCAGCCAGCUAGAACGGCAGCCCAGUGUCAGGAAAAAGCUACGAACACUAACAUUUGGAAGACGAAGAAAGGGGUUAGCCAAAGAUCCACCAAAAAACAGAAAAGGAUCUUGGGCAUUUAGAUUUGGAACAUGUUCCAGGAGACCUUCAAGUUCUGAUAUUGCAGAGCCAACAGUUGGUUGUGGUGCUUGUAUUUGUACUGGCUAUCGUAGAACAGAAGAUCAUCAUCUUGGAGCAGGACUUGUUUUUAAGACAACUCCCCCAAAUCGAAGACAAAUGUCACCCAGACGACUAGCACUUUUCAGAGGUGGAAAUGAAAAGGUUAAUUCUAAUUCUCCUAUCAUUGAUUUGACCAGGUUUAACCCUGAGAAAUAUCCCAUUGAUGACUGGGAUGAACGUGCUCGACAGGAACGUGCCCGAGAAAUUCAAGAAGGAGUAGACCCACCACCUGGUUAUCACACUGUUCAUGCUGCUCAAGUUACUGAGGUGAAACUGGGUGACCUAACCUGGGCACUUCAAAAUCAGUUGAACAUUACUCCUUAUCCUUAUCUAGAAAGAUUGACUGAGGCAGCUGGCAUGUCCAAAGAAAUGUUGGCUAGAUUUUAUGAGAUGACAUCUGAAGGGUUUCAGAUGCGUUUUCCAUUUCCUCAUUCUCAGGUAGACUACAUGCAUUGUCUAGUUCCAGAUUUAUUAGAAAUCACAAACUGUAGCUUUUACUGGGGAAAGAUGGACCGCUACCAGGCUGAAAAACUAUUGGAGAACAAACCAGAGGGCACAUUCUUGCUAAGAGAUAGUGCCCAAGAAGAAUAUCUCUUCUCUGUAAGCUUUCGACGAUAUGGAAGAUCUCUCCAUGCUCGAAUUGAACAAUGGAAUCACAGAUUCAGCUUUGAUUCUCAUGAUCCUACUGUUUUUGCUUCCAGUACUGUGUGUGGUCUAAUUGAACAUUAUAAAGACCCAAGUUGUUGUAUGUUUUUUGAACCCAUGCUUACCAUACCUCUUCAUCGAACUUUUCCCUUUGCACUUCAGCACCUCUGUCGUGCUGUGACUGCUAGCAGAGUAACUUAUGAUACCAUCAACAAAUUGCAACUACCAAAAACUUUAAAAGCAUAUCUAAAGGAGUACCAUUAUAAACAGAGAGUUAGAGUCCAUCGUCUUGACUUGGAACACUGAUAUGUUGUAUCCAAUUGAGAGUAAAGUUCAUUAUGCCUACUUUUCAAUUUUGGUGUUUUAAAAUUAAUAUUCGUUACUUCAUGUUGUUAAAUAUGCCUUAUCUGAGGAUGAAAUUUACUAAAAAUAAACAUACUGUUGAAUUUCUAUAUUCCAGCU